AUGAGGGGCUGGGGCUUACUCGUGUUAUCGCUACAUGUUCUUUCAUGCCUGGUUAGUGGUGUUGCCUCUGGUCGAACAAGCUCUUACGUGCGCACAGAGUUCCCUUCUACAGAUAUACCUCUAGAUAGUGAAUGGUUUGCGAUUCCAAAGGGAUAUAAUGCUCCACAGCAGGUUCAUAUCACCCAAGGUGACUAUGAUGGAAAGGCAGUUAUAGUAUCUUGGGUUACUCCAGAAGAACCUGGGCCAAGUGAAGUGUUUUAUGGCAAGGAGAAGCAAUAUGACCAGAAAGCAGAAGGAACAACAACAAAUUAUACGUUUUACGAUUACAAAUCUGGAUACAUACACCAUUGCCUUGUUGAUGGCCUUGAGUAUAGCACUAAAUAUUAUUACAAGAUUGGAAGUGGAUAUUCAGCUCGAGAAUUCUGGUUUGAAACGCCUCCAGCAAUUGAUCCAGAUGCAUCAUACACAUUUGGCAUCAUAGGUGAUCUGGGGCAAACAUUUAAUUCUCUCUCAACUCUUCAACACUAUGAGAAAACUGGAGGUCAAACUGUUCUAUUUGUUGGGGACUUGUCGUAUGCUGAUAGAUAUGAACAUAAUGAUGGCAUUCGUUGGGAUUCUUGGGGUCGAUUUGUUGAGAGCAGUACUGCAUACCAGCCUUGGAUUUGGAAUGCUGGAAACCAUGAAAUAGAGUACAGGCCUGAUCUGGGAGAAACUUCUACAUUCAAGCCAUAUCUGCAUAGAUAUAUGACUCCAUAUUUGGCAUCAAAGAGCAGUUCUCCUAUGUGGUAUGCUGUCAGGCGUGCAUCUGCUCAUAUCAUCGUGUUGUCUAGCUACUCUCCAUUUGUAAAAUACACUCCUCAAUGGUUGUGGCUGAAGCAUGAAUUCAAGCGCGUGGACAGGGAAAAGACACCUUGGCUUAUCGUUCUCAUGCAUUCUCCCAUGUACAACAGCAAUGAGGCACAUUAUAUGGAGGGUGAGAGUAUGAGGGCUGCUUUUGAGAAAUGGUUUGUGAAGUACAAGGUCGACUUGGUAUUUGCAGGGCAUGUUCAUGCUUAUGAGAGAUCAUACCGCAUUUCUAAUGUCAACUACAACAUAACAUCGGGAAAUCGAUAUCCAGUGCCAAACAAGUCUGCUCCUGUUUACAUAACAGUUGGUGAUGGAGGCAACCAGGAAGGACUUGCUUCAAGGUUUUAUGACCCCCAGCCAGACUACUCAGCGUUCAGGGAGGCCAGCUAUGGUCAUUCAAUUUUACAACUGAAAAACAGGACUCAUGCUGUCUACCAGUGGAAUAGAAAUGAUGAUGGGAAUCCUGUUCCAGCAGACACCGUGAUGUUUCAUAACCAAUAUUGGAAGCCAGUCUCGCAGGAUGUCACGCAGCAUGAGCUUUGUGAACAAUCGCAGAAUAGCACUCUUGGCAGCAGCAGAGCCAGUCAUCAGACUGGCAAUGGCAAGUCCAGCUACCUGAUUUCAUGCCAAAGGAGCCACGGUGACCUCUGUGGCUCUGAAAUUCUGAAUGCUGUACUUGUAUGA